GUCGAUGACCUUACCUACACGAUUUGAUACCCCCUCCCCCCACACACACACAUAAUAAAUGUGUAAUGCCCGUCGCUCCGUAACACCGAACGGUCAGUCUUCGCCUCGAAGUCAACAGUGACCGUAUCGUUCUGUGCUACCGUUUCGUGUCACUGAAUUUAUUUCUAUAUUUUUUGAAAUGUCAAAUGCGUUUCGUGCGAUAAGACGUACGCGAGUAGAAGCUGCUUAACACGCCACCGGAAGACGCACGACGGAGCUGUUUAUAAAUGCAGGGCAUGCUCCAAAAUAUACCAACGUCGUGAUUAUUUGGUUAAACACGUGCAGAUCGUUCACAAUUUUGAAAAAUAUGGGGAUCUGUACAACGCAGCGAUGGGGAUAACCGCACCAGUGAUGGGAGAAGCGCCGACAGCUACUCUAUCACUACCACCGCCACCAUCACCACACACCGCUUCGAAAAUGUAUACUUCGCUAUCAGCACCCCUCACCAUCAUGUCCGCCGACACCGCCGCCGCCGCCGCCACUAUCGCUAUCCCCGCGCCCGUACCGCGCAAACGUUCUAACGAUAGUUCGGUGGUUAGGGUUAAUCGUAAAAAGAAUCGUAUGGCAUCGGUGAACGCGAGGUGCGGUUUCGUUGAAAUAGACUCGUCUUUUAGACGCUCCGUCGUUUGGUAUUACGCGAAAAAUGUUAAUAAUUGUACCGAUUAUAACGUUUUUCUACGAUCUAUUAGGACGGAGCUGGUGACGCUAUUACGCGAAACGGUACUUAUUCACCCGAUAAAAUACCACCUCAAACUGGAGGCCACUUACAAUAUCCCCAAGCUCGAACAGUCUUCCGUGAAUAGGGCUUUUAAAACGUCUGCCAGGGAGUUGUACGAGUUCGGGGAUAUCGAUGAGAUGGUGGAGGAUGACUUCCGCGCUUCUCGCCGAGGAAGACGUUUACCGCGGUAAGGGCAGCGGAUACACACUCGCGUGCAUAGACGGGCUGCUUUUAGGCGUGUACAAGUACACGCCGCUAGGUUAGGUCUUACGUUCCGUUACCGGCGCGCGUAGCUAAUCGUAAGGCUGUCGUAAACCCGCAAAACAUUGAUCGCGAAUGUUUCAAGUGGGCGAUUCUGGCUAAACACGUGCAGAACACCGCGCACUGUGAACGGGUCGGAGCGAAUUAUUAGAGCGAGGAGUACCGGUACAACUUUUCCGCGUUAUCCGUCUACACCCCCGUAUAAAAAUGUUUGAGCGCUAUAACCCCGGCACGUCAGUAAACGUGUACGGUUUGGGAAAUUGCGGCAAUGAGAAAAUUUCACCUCACACCGUAUACCCUCUGCGGGUCGUGGAUACGGAGCAGGAGAAUCAUUUCGAUCUACUGCUGAUCACGCACGAGGGGGAUAACCAUUAUACGUUUAUCUCGAAUUUUUCCCGACUCGUCAGCACGCAGAUGACCAUACGAGAACAUAACGUUUUCGUAUGCAAAAAGUGUUUCACCCGUUUCGACGACCAGCCUACGCGCUAUAAGUGUAGCGGUGUGGCGGCGCUCGCGGAGCAUAUGAAAAUAUGUGGCCCGCACAAACCGAUAGUACCUUUAAUGCCGUUGGAUGGGGCUACGGUACGAUUCGACGCGUGGGUUAAAACGCAACGCUUACCGUUCGUCAUAUACGCCGACUUCGAAUCGUAUCUCCGUAAGUCGACCGAGACGCGAGGCGCUACACACGGGUCUCGCAAGACCACUGCCCGAUGAG